AAAAUAAAAGUACGUGUUGAACGACUGGGGCGAAAUCUGCCGUCCCCCAAAUGGAGGUUACGCUCUUAUUUUGACACAAGCAAAGCGAGGGCUCCACUUUGCAAAUUGGGAUGACUUGACGGUUGUUUUUCUUCCACAUCAACGUGUACGCUGGGCGACGGAAUCGACUUGAACGUUUGCUCGAGUUGCCUUAUCAUUCAGCCCGACGGUUACAUUUCAAACUCGGACUUUCGAUCGCGUCCGUGAUCGCAAAUCAGCGUUGCGUUAACUGAAAAAGCACAUCCGGCGAGGGCACACGGGAGCGAGCUGCGCUUUUGUCUGACGGCACGGCGCGUCUUCGUCGCCGCCAUCCAUGGACGCGUACGGUCCCGGCGGCUCUUUGUUGCUCAAGGCUCGGUCGUUCGUUGCCGGAGAGCCGGAGGUGAGCAACAUGAGUGACAUCGACAAAGCCAACCCGCACGGAUGCGACGACGGCGCCCUGACGGACCGCUUCGGGGUUCUCAUCCAGGGACUCCUGGCCAUCGUCGCCUUCAGCACGCUCAUGUUGAAAAGGUUCCACGAGCCCGCAGGGAUCCGCCGACCUUGGAGGAUCUGGUCAGCAAUGUUCCCUUUCUUCAGAUUUCGGGAUAAAAACCGGCGUCUAAUUUGGCACAAAAUGUGGAAAUGGCCUCUAAAUUCCCGCAUGAAAUGUUUUCCAGGUUUUUCGACACGUCCAAGCAGGCCAUCGGCGCCCUGUUCAUCCACUUUGCCAACGUGUUCCUGUCCACGCUCACCAAGGAGGACCCUUGCUCACUGUCAGUUGCACUCUUUUUUUUUUUUAAUGUAUACACAUUCACUCGAGAUCAUUUCUUAUCCGCGUUUCCUGUUGUCAUUUGCCAGCUACCUGAUGAACUUCCUGCUGGACGCCACCAUGGGCAUGCUGGUCAUCUGGCUCGGCGUCAAACUGGUGGCCAAGGUGGUGGAGUACAACCAGUGGACGCUGUUCACGUUUGGCGAGUACGGCGACCCCCCGCAGGCGGCGGCGUGGUUGGGCCAGUGCGGCACGUACCUGCUAAUUAUGGUUCUGGAAAAAGGCGCUAUCAGCCUGGUGCUGCUCGUGCCAGGAUGGUCCAAACUGCAGGAAGUUCUGCUGGGCUACAUCGCAAACCCUCAACUGGAGCUGGUGCUGGUCAUGCUCAUCGUGCCCUUCAUCGUCAACUCGGUCAUGUUCUGGGUGGUGGACAGCCUGACCAUGAGGAAGUUGAAGACCACGAAGAGCCUGGACGACUCGUGUGACGUCACGCCCGAGAAGGGCGACGCCUCGCCUUGGGCGGUCGAUGAGGAGUCGCGGGUUCUGCUGACAGUGGAGACGGACACGGAUGAGGGCGAAGAGGAAGCAGGCAAUGGUGCUCUGCUGCCCCCCGUGCACUUGUCAGGAGGGCAAGCGAGGCCCGGCUGGGUGAUUGUGUGAAGCCGCUGGCAUCUCAAGCAUCUGUGCGCGCCCGCACACCCACGCACGCACACAUACACACGCCAAUUCAAGAUCCGCACAUCAGCUUUCAAGUGGAAACGCCGCCACGUCGGGUCUCGAUUUGGGCGGAACAAAGACGACGAAGAGACUUUUGUAUAUAAAGGGAGGAUUCCUUGGCACUUCAAAAUGGGGACCGAUGAACUAAGCAGGCAAAAGCUUUCUCAGCUGUUGUCUGUGCGCCAGGAGAAUCGAGUGCAACAAUCUGGAGAGGCCAAAGAUUUCCCUCCGGCGUGUGCGCUCGUGUGACUGACCGAGCCGCUCUUUUUAAGAGAACCUUCGGUCACAAACUGAGCAGGCAAAAGGUUUCUCACCAGUGUGGGUUCUUGUGUGAUCCCUUAAGCUUCCCUUCCGAGAGAAUCUUCUGCCGCAAACUGAGCAGG